UCCAGAGACAUAUACACAUAUAUCUAUGAUUUGGAAUCAGGAGUUUUCCCGGUGGUCAGAAUACAAAUAUUUUUUUAAUUACGAAAAUUAUCAUUUUACAUCCCUUUUCUAUAUUGAUGUGACUGCACGGGCAUUCCUGACAAAGAGCACGUGUUUGUGUGCAUGGAAAUGUAUUAUCUCCCACCCUGUUAAAUUUGAAAUCCUGAAACACCCCCUCUUCUGCUUUCACUUCUAAUGCUAACAGAGAGAGCGAUUUGUUUGUGAAUGAAUCUUCAAUAUGAACGACUCUUUCACUGAGCCGAUAAUAAUACAAGUUUCUAGCACUGCAUCUUGUUUUCAUACUUAAUUUAACAACAUUUUAAAUUUUUUCGUCCAGACAGACACCCCUCCCCUCCGCUCUUCACUUUAGUCUGGUAGACUAGACUAGAGCAGCUGAGUGACUUUUGUCCUGGGAGCACUGUACAAAUGUGGCGACACUAUUGACGCAUGCUCAGGGUCCGUAUGCGAUAUCUACAGUUUAUAUCUAUGAUUUUGGCUCUGAAAUUUGAUUUUAGUGAACUGAUUUAAAUAAACUAUUUUAGAUGAAUGGGCAAAAGGAUGAGUGUCAUGUCUCUUGUAAAUGCUGAUAUUCUGAUAUAACAUCAUAUUUUUUUUAGUUUUGCAAUAGCUUUUUGUAUGUGUUUGACUUUAAUAUGAUUUAAUAAUUAAGUCCAUGACUGUCUUGAGUGAAAAGAAGAACAGGUUUGACCUUUGAGUCAGAAGAAUGGCUGUCAUGGAUACAUAUGUAAACUUGCCACCCAUAGACUACUGCAGAUCCUUCUUAACAUUCUCCACAGCUACACAGGCUAUAAGAAGCAAGUAGGUGGCGUUUAAUAAAAAUACAUUAAUUAAAUUGUGUUUAUUUCGUUAGGAUUUUUAGUUUUUGGAGAUUUAAUUUUUUAACAAUGACUAAAAGUCCUACAAUGGGUAUGGAGUGUUUACUGGGUGACCCGACGCUGGAAGAGAAAUUCAGGCGAUUUAAAAAGCGUGAUUUGACAGAAACGUACCGAUUUCAAAUGGCAUGUGGUUUGUUGGGACAGCGAAAAUGCAGCAGUAGUGCCUUUAGGAAGCAUAUUAUGGAUAAAAUGAGCAUCUUUCCCCCAACUCGUCCGCAGCCAACAUGCCAUGACGCUCGACCUGCUGUACCUGCAUCAGAUCACAGUGGCGCUACUGCUCAGUUAUUUUACAACCGCUUCCCUGAAGACAAACCCGCCGAACACCCUGACUGGAUCAGCGACAGGAGAGCCUUCAGACGGGCGGUGGACGGGAUGGGAAAUCUGCGCAAAUGGAUCAAUAAUAAACCGAUACUCUCCGACCUGGAGAUUCACAUCGCGGAACGAGACAGACGAGCUAAGCGGAUUUCAGCAUCUUUCCCUCCAGAAUCUCAUCGCACACUUCAGCGUGACGUUGAAGAAGUGAAGUGUUUUCUGCGCAUGCGUGAAGCCUGCAGUUUCUCUAAACUCUUGGAUUGGAAUGGGACUGGAAGAUUAAAGCGAGCAGAUCUGUCUACUCUGUUUAAGAAGAAAGGCUUCUUGAUCCCACCUGAGCGAAUGAAUGUGCUGAUGUCCUCUUUAAAUAGUAAGGAUGGAGACUCAGUGACUGUGGAUGACCUGGCAGCUGCUAUUCAGACCUGGAGCAGAAAGCAUCAGGAAAGAGAACUAAACUUAAACCCUGAGUGUGAUAUCAUGGGGUAUUUUGUUUUAUGUUAUUGGAAUGCAGACAAUGAGAAAGAGAUUUCAUCAGGACCUCACUUUAAAACUCAUGUAGACCAGAGAGAUGACCAGGAGGGUCUUCAGGAUGUGGAGGUGUUUGUAAUCAUGCGCAGAUGUCUGAGCUCUUCCCCUUCUGCCCUGAGCGGGUCUAUGGCCAGAGAAGUGGAUCGUUUCAGAAGACUUUGCUCUAGUGCAUACCUGAAAUCACUGGAGCAAUGCCAACGACAGGGGCUUAAUGUGAGCCAAGCCACUCUACAGAGAGUUCUGCUGCACCCUAGUGACCUGAACCUGUAUAGUUCCAAAUUGCAGGGGAAAGCUCACUUAGGCUGUCGAGGACCAGAACAAGGUCUGACGUUCAUCAGGAAACCCAAAACACUUCAAGUCCAAAAUGGAGCACACAGAGACAAGAAGAAGCAGUCAACUGGAUGGGCAGAUUCUAAUGCCUUUUGGCCUGGAAAGGAAGAUCAUGUGCGCUUGUUUCUGCCUGUAAAGACAAGUUCUCCUGCAAUGGUUUUAUUUCAGCAUAUUGAACGCACUGCUGUGCCGAGUCCCGGACACUGGCCUGUGAACCAUUUGGGAUAUUCAACCUCUGGAGAUAUAGAAGCUCGCAAGAUGUACAGCCUCUAGGACAUUUUUGAAUCAUUGCCUAUAUUGAACGUAACGCUGACUACAUUUACAAGGACAUCAGUGAUCGAAUUAUUGGCCUUAAUCUGAAUAAGAUAAUAAUAUGA